AAUUGUCUUUUUAUGUAUAUACAAAGGCGGAUGUAGCUUUUUGGCUUCGGGUCCAUCUAAACCCAUAAAUUUCGGGAUAUAGAUAUAUAUGUAAAAAUCUAUUAAAAUCUUUAACAAAUAUUACACUGAGCCCAUAAUUUUAAUAUUACAAUGAAUUUAAUGCUGAAAAUCUUAAUAGCUGAACCCAUUAAAUUAAAAAUCUAAAUCCUCCUCUUGCAUAUCUGUUUGCAUAUAUAACAGAUGAUGAAUCCCUUAGUAAAAUUUUGUCCCCGCUUCUCUCAUGAGAUCGUAUGUGUAAUAUGAACAAGGAUUGGAGGUAGUAUAGUGAGAAUAAGUAAUCCCAUCUUGCAUGUUAGGUGCAAACUAGUAAAAAGAAAGUAAACAUGUUAUUAUAGUCAACCCAAACUUGUUUGCGUUGGGGCAUUUGUUAAUUGAUACAGAAACUUUGAGGAAAAAAAACAGUAGGAGGAAUUUCUGUUGAUAAAAAAUGCCGUUUUACUUGAAUUCUGUGUUGAAUUAUGAACCUUUUCACCUGGAAGUUUAAGUUGUUACUUUUAAACUCUGCGGUGGCAAGAAAAGCAGGAGAACCGCUGGUGAUAGAGGAAGUGAUUGUGGCUCCUCCUAAAGCGCAUGAAGUUCGACUCAAAAUCAUUUGUACUUCUCUUUGUUACAGUGACAUUACCUUUUGGAGAAUGAAAGAAUUUCCAGGAUGCUUUCCAAGAAUUAUGGGCCAUGAAGCUUUCGGGGUUGUGGAAAGUGUUGGAGAAAAAGUUGAGGAGUUAAAAGAAGGAGAUUCAGCUGUACCAAUAUUUUUGACGGACUGUAUGGACUGUGUAGAUUGUAAAUCCAAGAAAAGCAACCUUUGUUCCAAAUUCCCAUUUGAGGUAUCUCCGUUGCUGCAUAGAGAUGAGACAAGCAGAUUCACUAGUGUUGACGGAGAAACUUUACACCAUUUCCUGUAUAUAUCAAGUUUUUCGGAGUACACAGUCGUUGAUGUUGCUAAUGUAACGAAGAUUGAUCCUGAAAUCCCACCUAACAGGGCAUGUCUCUUUAGUUGUGGAGUAUCAACAGGAGUAGGUGCUGCUUGGAAAACAGCAAAUGUGGAACCAGGUUCAACAGUAGCGAUCUUUGGUUUGGGUGCAAUUGGGUUAGCAGUUGCAGAGGGAGCAAGGCUAUGUGGUGCUACCAGAAUUAUCGGCGUAGAUAUAAACUCGGACAAGUUUGAUAUAGGGAAGCAGUUUGGAGUUACUGAGUUUGUCAAUUCCAAAAGCUGUGGGGAUAAACCUGUUAGUCAGGUGAUAAUUGAGAUGACUAAUGGAGGUGCUGACUAUUGCUUUGAAUGUGUUGGUCUGGCAACACUUGUGCAGGAAGCAUUUGCCUGCUGCAGAAAGGGUUGGGGAAAAACAGUUGUUUUAGGAGUUGAUAAGCCAGAUGCACAGCUCAACUUCAACUCUCUUGAGGUUCUUCAGAGUCGGAAAACUCUCACAGGAGCACUCUUUGGAGGUCUCAAACCCAAAUCCGAUGUUCCUAUCCUUGCUAAGUGUUACCUUAACAAGGAAUUGCAAUUGGACAAGUUUGUGACGCAUGAAGUGAAUUUUGAAGACAUCAAUAAGGCUUUCGAUUUACUUAUUCAAGGAAAGAGCCUACGCUGUGUUAUUUGGAUGGACAAGUGAUUUACCUUAUUGCAGUCUGCUUUGUUUUCAGUUAGUGUAACUCAACUCUCGAAAACCAUGUCACAUUUAUGUUCAUUUGGUCUCGAGUUCGAGUCAAACUUGGCAUUUCUAUA